AACACAUCACUCAUGACACACCAGCUUGUCAAACCAUUACCAAACUAUUCCAAGAAAAAGCAGCCCCAUGGUGUUUUCACCAGAACUGGGACCUGUGAUUCACGUGGAGAAUUACCUGUUGGAUACAGACUGAUUUUUGAUUACCUGUGUAUUGAGCUCCUUUUUGUGAAGCUGAAUGGACGAAGGAUGCAGGUUGACAGACCACAGCUGAGGGACACCAUGCACCCAGGAGCGGGUUAUGGCUUAUAGCAGAAGGAGCUAGAUGGCAGCCCGUCAGUCAUCUCCGCCAUGUGCUCCUCUAGGACUCCUGCUGCUGCUGAUAGGAGUGAUUUCCUGCCAUCUACCUGAAGUCCAGGCCAGACCCAGAGACUUUUGGUGCAACCCUCAAGCCAGAAAAACUAUGGAGAGAAGGACUGAGGGGCUGAGGAAAGACAUGGCUGCCUGCGUGGGUGAAAACACGCUGCCCUCUCCUGUACAGUUACCGUGUGUUUCCAUUAACACAACAGAGUGGACAAAUAAAACUCUGUGGCAGAAGCAUGCAGAGGUGGUUGAGGCCCUCCAGGUAUUUCAAGACGGAGUGCAGGGGGUGAAGGACCAGACCACAUCAGGAUGUCUGACGUCACUGUUGGAGAAACUGGAGCAUCACAUCACAAAUUAUCUGGCUAUCGUCAGCAGUGUUCAGAUACAGAAUGACACAGUGACACCAUCUCAGUCUGCAGCACAGAACUGUUCCAGCUCGAGCAGCACUAAUGAAGUGCUAAAGCAGUACGAAAACCUACUCCAGGGAAAACUGGAGCGCUUUGUCGCUGACCUCCGAAAAGAUAUCUCCAAAACAGAGCACAGGACAAACAAUUCUAAAGCAGCUUGCAGCUAAUUUAAGAAACGGAAAGUAUUUGUGCUGCUGAGCUGUGCUGCUGUGUACCUGAGGACUGAUCCAGGACACUACAGGGUGUCAGGAGAGGACCAGCACACUGUGGACUGGGAGGGUCUGUGUGUUGACAAGGACCUGAGGAAAAAGGAGCGUGUGCUGGUUUUGUCGUUUACGCUGGAAACAAGGAUGAACACAGGCGUCAACUUGUGAGGAGUUUUGAAGGCCAAGAGAAGUAUGGGUUUGAGAUGAGUGUCAUAAAAACAAGGUACGGAGCCCAGCUGGUGACAUUUGUGAACAAGGAAAAAAAGAUUCAAAGUUCAAGUUCCAGAUGUGGUUGGAUGGUUGUCAGUUUUGGAGUGAUGCUGUUUAUUAUGCAGUAGAUGAGGUAACUGCAACACAUUCUCACUCCGAUCUCGUCACAUAUUGACAUUUAAACACAAUACGUCAGUACAACAACGCAAAUUGCCUUUUUUUUUCCUCCAACAACACACGCACGUGGUUGGUUUAGGACAAAGGAACAGGGUUUGGCUUUACAAUCUUACGUGAAGCAAACACCGGCCUCCUGGGUGAAAGUCAGUGUUUUUUUGACCCAUCCACCAACAAUCCCGCCCACCCCACUCGGACUUUCGCUGCCUAUAUUUUUGUUCCUGUCUCACUGCGCUUCCUCCGAUGCCUCCGGGCACCAUUAAACUAUAACAGCGACCGGCCGCGUAUCAUGCCAACAUGAAAGGACGUCUUUUUCGUCAGUGCUUGAUGCCACAAGUCACUGCUUUAGCGCUGUUUUUUGAUGACUGACGACAUUGUUUGUUGGACCCAUCCACCACCAACUCCACACAGAUUUUCGAUGCCUUAACUUCUGUUUUUGUCCCACCACGUUUCCCUCUGAUGCCGCCGAGCACCAUUAAACUGUAACAGGCCGCGUAUCAUGCCAGUGUGAAAGGAUGUCUUUUUCGUCAGUGCUUGAUGCUACAAGUCACUGUUUUAGCGCUGUUUUUUGACGACUGACGACAUUGUUUGUUGGACCCAUCCACCACCCCUCCCACCAACUCUACACAGACUUUCGCCACCUUCCACCUUCGUUCUUGUCUCGCCACGUUUCCCCCUGAUGCUGCCAAGCGACGUUUAACUGUAAUGACGACCUGCCGAGUAUAAUGGCGACGUUAAAGGACGGCUUUUUUUGUCAGUGUGUGACGCCACAACUCACUUCCUAGGUGCUCUAUCUAUCUAUCUAUCUAUCUAUCUAUCUAUCUAUCUUAAAAAAGUUAAAAGUUAAAAAAGUUGAGGCCAGCUCAGCUUUGAUUUGCAGCACAUCCCGCCUGUCCGCAGUGACAAGUGUCAGGCGACAGUUUGCAGCUUUAUGAUGGCGGCUACAAGUGGAUGCACUGUUGUACAUCCACUUGUAGCCAUUUUGUCUUUCCAACAUGUGCAUAAUAACAGAGUAUGAGCAGCCGAAUCAAGUGUCUCUUGCUUGGAAGGAAUCCAAACGUGACUAUAACUCUUUCCUUGAUCAAAAUAACACUUAAUCAAAGUCUUGUCCCUGCUUGCAAGCAGCCGAAGCUAUUGAUGAUUCACCUGCCAGUUAUUCAAAGCAGUCAUCUCCAUGGAGACGUAUUCGUAUUUUGUGAAAUGAUUUUAUUCCGAUGGCCAAUUAAAGCAUCGCCAAGACCUAAUCCGAUCUCCCCCAGGCCUUAAGAACGUUGUGGCCACAGAGUAGGAUCUUGUUUCCAUGCAUCAUUCAUAUGCAAUACAUAAAUAUAUUUUCACAAAUGUCACCGUGUGGGCUCCACGGAAAUCAAUCCAGUUGUGUUGAGAUAUUUCAGUCUGGACUAAAGUGGCGGACUGACCGCCUUCUGAGAGGCCGACAGACCAACACUGCCAUCACUGCUGGUGUGGUUGGAUUAAAUAAAGAGACUUGAACCAGUGACACUUUGGGGACCUGCUUUAGAUUCAAAGGUACAAUAUCGUCACAUGAACUAGUGAAGUCAGAAGUGCUGAGCAGUUGAGAGUCUUUCAGGUGAAACCAGUCCGACUGGAGCGCUGUUGUUGUAUCUUGGCUCUCCUUCAGACACACACACUCAUAGGUAAAUCUAAUUUGGUAAUGAGCAUCACUUUAUCACACUGCCUGCACCAGUGUUAACAUUAGCACUGUGCGUCAGAGCACUUUGUUGGCUACAUUUCUACUGAACAAAACUGUACCUGCAGCGCCCUCUGUAGGUGCUGAACAAGUGGUGCUCUGUGUUGGAUUCUGUUGUGAUCUGCUCUCAUGGACAGAAGCAAAAACAGGCAUCUCAACUCUUCAUGCUAGACUGUGGGAGGCUUGUGUGGCCUCCAGGAAGACUUUGACACAGAUUUUAAAUGACAGAAGGAAAAGAAGGAAUUCAAUUUUAAAUGCAAAAAGAUCUUCAAAAACGAGACAGAAACAGUUAAAGAUGCUCGUGGUGAUUUUCAUAAAGCGACUCAACUCAGCAAAAGUCAGUUGUGAGUUAUUUAGAUUUGCAAAACAGGGACGAUGUCGUGUGCUACAACAAACCAGUGAGUGCACGUUCAUAUAGUUUUGUGUGAAAUCUUAGAAAUGAUCAGUGUUGAAAGCCCAAAUGUGUCUGAAUGUCUGAAUAUAUGCACAGCUGCAUUACUUUAUAGAUGUUGUAUAUGUAUUGACUUUUUUAUGCAAGUACAUCUGUGUAUAUGUGUGUCACUAAUAUGUAGCCUAAUUCUUUAUAUGUCACUGUAGUGCUGAGGACAGACGUCCACACUCUGUAAAGCAGGCUGUGUUAUAUGUGUUAAUAUGUUAUUUAUUUACCAGGGAGGACUUCACAUUGUGUGUGGGAGGGGGAGGGGGAGGGGAGUCAUUACAGUGUUGCACUAUUCUGUAUUAUCUGUAUUAUUAUUAUCACUUUUAUUAUUAGUGUUACACAGUUAUAACUGCUGUUGCAUCAUUCAGUGAGAAUACAGAAGUGAAAGAAGAGGGGGAACCUGUCGGUUUUGGUCUGAUAUGUUUGUUUCACAGUGCUCUGAUCAUCUGAUCACAGAAGUAUUGAGCCAUGUAAGGUGCCAUUAUUGCUAAAAAGAAAAAUACUGACUUUCUUUUCCCCACUGGAAGUUUCACAAAACAAAUACAAUGCAUGUAUCGACAACAAUUAAAGUACACUGAAUAUUUA